CAGAUGGAGUCUGCUUCAACUACUGUGCCUUCCAUUGUUGUGUAUGUGACCGUUCCAAAUAGGGAAGCAGGCAAGAAGCUAGCUGGAAGCAUUAUCAGUGAGAAGCUUGCUGCCUGUGUUAACAUAGUGCCUGGUGUUGAAUCCGUUUACUGGUGGGAGGGGAAGGUGCAAAGUGAUGCUGAUCGAAGAGUUACUCAUCAGCAAGACAAGGGAAUCUCUUCUAGAUUCCUUAACUGAACAUGUGAAAGCCAACCAUGAGUACGAUGUUCCUGAAGUCAUCGCUCUGCCCAUACAAGGAGGCAACCUGAAGUACCUAAAGUGGCUCAAGAACAGCACUAGGGAAAACUGAUGCAGCAUUCUCUGGAUCUCAACGUGCCUGUUAGUAGAGCGAGUGACUAGCUCCAAAGGUGGUGCUUGUG